AGGAGAGCAGGUCAAGGAGGAGGUGAAUAAACCUGUGUAAAGAUCUGCCAGGUUAAACAGCAUCUUAAUGUUAAAAUGGACCUCAAGCCAGUAUUAAGGAAAUUUGUGUCUCUGGUCCGAGCCAUUCUCACAUUUCUUUUUGCCCUCCUGGUGCUCGGUGUGAUGUUAUGGGCGUACAUCGAUGGUUUCCAGAUCGCCACAUCUCCAUUCGGCAUCAUCUCCUUCGGUUUCUAUGGAGUGCUCCUCAGCCUCCACGUCCUAAUUCAGAGCUUUUUCGCCUUUGUGGAGCAUCGGCGCAUGAAUGCGAGGCGCAAACCUUGCUCUUACAGCAAAACCAUCGGCUUUACCAUAUCAGCCUAUCAAGAGGAUCCUGCUUAUCUGCGUGAGUGUCUUCAGUCGGUCCGGGCUCUUCAGUAUCCUUCUGAACUUCUGCGUAUUGUGAUGGUGGUGGACGGAAACUCAGAAGAUGACCGCUAUAUGUUGGAGAUGUUUCGCGAGGUCUUCGCUGAUCAGGAUCCUGGCUGUUAUAUAUGGCAGAACAAUUAUCACUCAUGGAACCCCAAUGGGCAAGACAAGGGUGCAGCUAAAGGCCCUGAUGCAGAUUAUGGGGUGCUGUUUGAAGACCCUCAGCGCUUAGAGGUUGAAGAACUCAUUAGGACCAAGAAGUGUGUGUGUGUCAUGCAGAAAUGGGGAGGAAAGAGGGAAGUGAUGUAUACAGCGUUUAAGGCACUAGGAUCUUCAGUGGAUUUUAUACAGGUAUGUGACUCAGACACAAAAUUAGACCCUCUGGCCACAGUGGAGCUCUGCAAGGUGCUGGAAUGCAACCAGAAAUAUGGUGCUGUGGGGGGAGAUGUGAUGAUACUUAACCUUAAAGACUCCUAUAUCAGCUUCAUGAGCAGCCUGCGCUAUUGGAUGGCGUUUAACAUUGAGAGGUCCUGCCAGUCCUUCUUUGACUGUGUCUCCUGCAUCAGCGGCCCCUUAGGUCUUUAUAGGAAUGACCUGCUGCAACAGUUUCUGGAAUCCUGGUACAACCAGAAGUUUCUUGGCACUCACUACUUUGGAGAUGAUCGCCAUCUCACCAAUCGAAUGCUUAGCAUGGGCUAUGCUACAAAGUACACAGCCCGCUCCAAAUGCUACACGGAGACCCCUGCUCAGUUUUUGCGCUGGCUCAACCAGCAGACCCGCUGGACCAAAUCCUACUUCCGAGAAUGGCUCUAUAAUGCUAUGUGGUGGCACAAGCAUCACCUAUGGAUGACCUAUGAAUCCAUCGUCUCAGGCAUUUUUCCCUUUUUUGUCACAGCCACCAUCAUCAAGCUCUUCUGGACAGGAACUCUAUGGGACAUUCUGUGGGUCCUGUGCUGCAUCCAGCUAAUCGGGCUGAUAAAGGCCGCCUAUGCCUGCCUCCUACGACAAGAUAUAGUCAUGCUGUUCAUGUCCUUAUACUCUGCCCUCUACAUGACCAGCCUCCUGCCUGCCAAAUACUUCGCCAUUAUCACCAUGAACAAAAGCAGCUGGGGUACAUCAGGUCGGCGUAAGAUGGUGGGCAACUACAUUCCCCUGGCACCACUUUCAGUGUGGGCGGCCAUCUUGUUGGGAGGCCUGGGAUACACAAUUUACAAGGAGGCUAAAAAGACUUGGCUGACAGAGGCAAAACAAGAAGAGAUCAAGUUUUUGAUAUUUGGAGCCAUAGCUUAUGUUUGCUACUGGCUUAUAAUGAUCUGCCUCUACUGGAUUUGGUUUCGGAGAUUAUUCCGCAAACGCUCUCAGACUUACACUGUGAAUGUUUAGGACAAUUUAUUCGGGCACAUUUUUUAUUUAUUUAAGAACACUUGCACAUUUUGAAAAAAACAAAAACUAACUCCACGGUUUACAUGAAAUGUUAUUUAUAGAUUUCUUUUUUACUUGCAGUUUUAUUUAUGAUUAUUUUUUUGGUUUAGGAAUAUUUAAUAAUUUUUAUGGAAUUUGCAGAAGUACCAGGAACAUGAAAGUAUUCAAAAAUGACCACCAUAAAGUGACCAAUCUUUAUGAAGUAUAACAAUUGUUAUAUGUAUAACAGUAUCAGUAUUGCAUGUACUGAUAUAAAUCUAUGGUCUUUAUGAAGUUUAAGAAUGACCAUGUGGAAUGUGCAGAAAGCAACCAGUGAUAAUAUAACAUUAAAUCUAAAUAAUAGAUGCUGUUUUUAUGGAGGGGAUAUGGGCUUACCGAAGUAAUAUUUACCAAUUGGGUGUACUGAAGUGAUCUUUAUGUACUGUUGAGCUGACCAAGCAAACACUAAGAUUUCCUGUUACAACACAUUAUUUAUAGUUCUGAGUUACAAAUCUAACACAGUGAACAGCACUGACCAUGAAAUUGCAGAAUGACUACUAACCAAAAAGUGAUUGUGCAGGAAUUUCCUGAUGUUUAUUGUAAUAUGUGUUCAUUUUCCUGAAAAUGUCACAGUGACAGGGCAUUUAAUGUUGUAUUUUAGGACUUA